UUGCAAUUAUUAAGAAAAUGGAGAAUGGAAAUUGUAAUGGAGUUGUUCGCCUGUUCGUGUUGCUCUUUUUGGUGUAGUUGGCGCCAAUCCGGGAAAAACAAUUUUUAAGUUUUUCAGUGGUUAUGCUAAUAUCACUCUCUUUUGGUACUAUUACGCGAAUGUGCUCUAUCUUCGUUCAAAUGCACCUGUGUAACGGAAACCUUUGACAUAAUGCAAAAAGACUUAUAUUUUUUUUAGGUUAUGGCUCAUAGUUGUGAAGCUGUGCUUUUUAUAAAUAAUAAUAUUUUCUAUAUUAUUAUACGAUUCAACAUUAGUUAAACUAGUACUACAUUUUUAGUUUAUCUAUACUGUUUUAAUGGCAAGCUCAAAUGAUUAUGAUUUACAACUGGAAAUGAUUCCUCAAGAUAAUAACCUGUCCAUGAGGCAACUGAAUCUUCUUCAACCGGAUCGUGUUUCGUAUGAAUACUAUGAUGAUGGAGGAGGAGGAGCAGGAGGAGAUGAUGAUGGUAGAGGAGGAGGAGGAGGAGGAGGAGAUGAUGAUGUAGGAGGAGGAGGAGAUGAUGAUGGUGUAGGAGGAGGAAGAGAUGAUGAUGGUGGAGGAGGAGGAGCAGUUGUUGAUAGUAAUGGGGUAGAAGUUGGUGCUAGUAGUGGAGGAGUAGUUGGUGCUAGUAGUGGAGAGGGAGAAGAAGGAGCAGGGCCUGAAGAAGGUGAAGAAGAAGAAGGUAAAAAAAAAGAAGGAGAAGGAGGUGGAGCUGAUGUCAACAAUGAUGAUGAGGAUGACGAUUCGUUGGAAAAUGACUACCAAUCGUCAUCAUCAAGCUGUUCUGAAAUUCCCCCAGCAAGACCUCCUAUCAAACAUAACGUUUAUGGUGGAAUUGAAGGAGUGGCGAUUGGCGAUUGGUGGCUGACUAGUCGCGAGUGCUGGCACGCGGGCGUGCAUCGGCCUCCUAACACGAGCGCCUUCCUCCAUUGCGGCCCCCAAGGCGCCUACAGUAUCACCCUAUCGGAUCAGUGCUCCGCAGAUGAUGUGGACGGAGGCGACAGGUUCACGCUUUCCACAGGUGGCAAGGGAGCCGCUGACACUGGCAGCAACGAACAGACGUUGAGCUUCGACACGGUCACUCUGGUCGCCAGUAAGGAGUCGGGAAACCCGAUUCGUUUGGUCAGAACACAUAAGCUGAAAAGUGCCUAUGCGCCCGACAUCGGAUAUCGUUAUGAUGGCCUGUACGAAGUGGAGAACUACUGGGUGGCGACCAGCUUAGAUGGCGCCACCGUCUACAAGUUCCUGUUUCGACGCCUGGGGGAGCAGAGUGGUCAGGCGCCUCCGCCUUGGCUGGUACACAAGAUAGUGCCGCCGCAGCUGCAUCGCUCUGUCCAGGCCAAGUAUGCGCGCGCAAUCAGCAUUGCUUCAAGGCGGGCUCGUACAGGAGUGGCGAUUGGCGAUUGGUGGCUGACUAGUCGCGAGUGCUGGCACGCGGGCGUGCAUCGGCCUCCUAACACGAGCGCCUUCCUCCAUUGCGGCCCCCAAGGCGCCUACAGUAUCACCCUAUCGGAUCAGUGCUCCGCAGAUGAUGUGGACGGAGGCGACAGGUUCACGCUUUCCACAGGUGGCAAGGGAGCCGCUGACACUGGCAGCAACGAACAGACGUUGAGCUUCGACACGGUCACUCUGGUCGCCAGUAAGGAGUCGGGAAACCCGAUUCGUUUGGUCAGAACACAUAAGCUGAAAAGUGCCUAUGCGCCCGACAUCGGAUAUCGUUAUGAUGGCCUGUACGAAGUGGAGAACUACUGGGUGGCGACCAGCUUAGAUGGCGCCACCGUCUACAAGUUCCUGUUUCGACGCCUGGGGGAGCAGAGUGGUCAGGCGCCUCCGCCUUGGCUGGUACACAAGAUAGUGCCGCCGCAGCUGCAUCGCUCUGUCCAGGCCAAGUAUGCGCGCGCAAUCAGCAUUGCUUCAAGGCGGGCUCGUACAGGUAUUCAAUUGAUCAUUGACGGCGGGAGACACGUGUGUUACAAGUGUGGCAAAAGCUACAAGGAGAAGAGAACUCUGUCCUAUCACCUGAAGUACGAAUGCGGUGUGGAGCCUCAGUUCCGGUGUCCCCAAUGUCCUUAUCGUGCCAAGCAGAAGUCUAGUCUUGAAUCGCAUUUCGCGCUCAAACAUUUAAAUGAAAUGAACAAACAACGAUGUAAUCAAUAAAAUAUGUGAAACGCAAGCUUAUUACUCUGCAUUUAUCGAUGGGAGAUUUGUGUGCUGUAAAUGCGGCAGACACUACAAAGAGCGAGGAAGUCUGAAAUCACACCAAAAGUUCGAGUGCGGCAAGGAGCCUCAGUUCCAGUGUCCGCAUUGUCCUUUCAGGGCUAAAAAGAACUGUAACCUCAGGAGUCAUGUAGCUGUCAGACAUUUCUCGCCAAAAGUUUAAUUUUUAUUCAUUUAUUUGUUUCAUCUAAAAUCGUACAGCUAACAGUUAUAUUGCAAUAUAGACAUUUCAGAUUUAGCGGCUAUAAGACUCUAUUAUCUUAUUAUAAGAUAAUCAUACAGAGGUAGGUUGAUAAGUAAUGCACAAAAUAAUGCUUGUAGAGCGCAAACUACAUAAUCUUCGGAAGCGCGGCUGGUGGCAUGUGGAAGUGUUAUUUAUCCUCUUCACGGCUGCUCAGUUUGAAGGGCUUGCAUUCAUCCAGUUUUCUCUUGUUAGUGAAAGUAUCGUGUCAUGUUGUGGUGUUAUGUUAACGCGAAUCAAACAACUAGCUGUUAUCGAAUUUUUAAAUGCUUAGAAUGUGAAGCCUAGUGAGAUUUAUCAAUGUUUAAAGGCUGUUCAUUGUGACGAUACUGUUGAUAGGUCUACAGUGAAUCAAUGGAUCAUAGAAUUUUGACACCAGAAAAUGACAUCAUACUUUCACUAAUCAAAACAAACUGAAUGCAACGCCUUCAAACCGUGUAGAGGAUGAAUGGUACUUCCAAAUGCCACCAGGUACGCUUCUGAACGUUAUCUAGUUUGUUCUCUACAAGCAUGUAUGCAUUACUUAUCAACCUACCCUUGUACCAAAAUUAUUUAAUUCAACGCUGCUACCUUGUACAAGUUAUUAUUUUUUACCGUACUAUGUUUUCAUUAUACGAUUUUUGUUGAAAACUAAAUUCUCUUCUUUGUUAUAAGUUGAAUAUAUUCAGUUCAGUCUGUGUAA